AAAUGGGACACUUGACUCAUUAAAAUUUACUUCACCUUAAAAUUAGCAAUUACCAAUUGUUUUUGUUCCCAUAAAGCCUGAAUUCUCUCCCUCUCAUUUCGAUUUCUCGGAUCCAACUUGGAUCCGUCAUCAUCUCCGAGAGAAAUGGCCUCCAUGGAUGACCUUCCAAUCUCUGUAAUGGGAUCUAAUUUCAAGCGAAACAGCCUCGUUGACGAGCCAGUUACUGAUGAGGAAGGCUCCGAUUCGCCAGAAAGCAGAGUCGGCAUUACCCAUGUGCGUUCUGGCUCGACCACGCCGAGGAAUCGUCAAGCCUCACCGACUCAUUCUCCCCGCCUCGGUCCUAGUCGAUUGGGGAGCUUUGAUCAAUCCUCCGGUGAUGUUCAUCACGCUUCUUCGUUUUCAGGGUUCAAGCUUUUCGGAUUUUCGUCGAAUGAGAGCUUGCACAAACUGAAAGUCGAUAGGCGGGUAAAGAAGAGGGCGGGGAUAGUGUGGUACCAGAGAAAGCGAUUCAAAGGGCUUUUGAUUAUUAUAUUGUUGGUCGGGAUGUUUUUCUUGGUGAAUUGGGUCAUGCUUUUGAGAUUACAAGAGCAAGAUGAUAUAAUUCAAGAACAUGAUGAUAACCAGGCCAAUUCCAAUCCUGAACUUCCUGGGAAUGUUUCUUCCCCGAAGAUUUCAGUUCAGGGAAAACGGAAGGCUGGUAGAAGGAAAUGGCCAAAGGGUAACUAUGGUAGAUUGUUGGCUUUGGCCGCUCAUGCAUUGGCGGAGCAGGGAGAAAAUAAACCUGAGCCCAAGGACUUAUGGCAAGAGCCAUUGCUUGCUUCAUCUGCUUGGAAGCCCUGUGCUGAUCAACGCAAUUGGGAGUCGAGCGUAGAGAGAAAUAAUGGAUACAUUAUGGUUACUGCAAACGGUGGAAUGAAUCAACAGCGAGUAGCUGUUUGCAAUGCUGUUGUUCUGGCACGGCUACUUAAUUCAUCUUUGGUUGUUCCCAGAUUUAUGUAUAGUAGCGUUUGGAAAGAUGUGAGUCAAUUCAGCGAUAUCUACCAGGAGGAACAUUUUAUUAACUACAUGACUCCUGACAUCCAUAUAGUGAAAGAACUUCCAGAUAAUUUACGAUCCUUAGAUUUGGAAGCGAUUGGAAGUGUGGUAACGGAUGCUGAUGUUGUUAAAGAGGCCAAGCCAAGUUUUUACUUGAAAAACAUUCUUCCUAUCAUAAAUAAGAAUAAGGUCGUGCAUUUUCUGGGUUUUGGUAAUCGAUUGGCGUUUGACCCAUUAUCAUUUGAGCUACAGAGACUUCGUUGCAGAUGCAAUUUUCAUGCUCUGAGGUUUGUUCCUAAAAUUCAAGAAACUGGUGCUUUGCUUCUUCAAAGGCUACGUCAACAAGAAAGCUACCCAGGGCCAUUGGAUAAACACCUUGUUGGUCCAUUUGCAAAAUCAACGAUGAAUGGAAACAAAGCUCGCUCUCCGAAAGCUUCCAGAUACCUAUCUCUACAUUUGAGAUUUGAGAUUGAUAUGGUAGCUCAUUCUCUUUGUGAAUUUGGUGGAGGAGAAGAAGAAAGGAAAGAGUUUGAAGCAUAUCGGGCAAUCCAUUUCCCAGCAUUGUCUCUUCUCCAGAAAACCACUAAAUUACCUUCUCCUGCCGAACUUAGGUCAGAAGGUCUUUGCCCCUUGACACCAGAGGAAGCAGUACUUAUGCUUGCUGCUCUUGGUUUCAAACGCAAGACAAAGAUAUUUGUGGCAGGCUCACAGAUAUAUGGAGGGAGUUCAAGGUUGACUGCUCUGACUAGCUUGUAUCCUAAUUUGGUUACAAAGGAGAAGUUGCUUUCAACAUCAGAGCUUCAACCUUUUAUGAACUUUUCUUCUCAGUUGGCGGCAUUGGACUACAUAGGCUGCACGGCUGCCAAUGCAUUUGCAAUGACAGAUUCUGGGAGUCAGUUGUCGUCUCUUGUAUCCGGUUAUCGGAUAUACUACGGUGGGGGAAGGAUGCCAACGAUUCGACCAAACAAACGAAGGCUUGCAAGCAUAUUUUCAAAGAACAACACUAUAGAAUGGCGAAUUUUUGAGAUAAGAGUUAGGAAAGCAGUUAGGCAAACCAAGCACGUCUUUACAAGGCCCAAAGGAAGGAGUGUUUAUAGGUAUCCACGGUGUAAAGAGUGUAUGUGCUGGACAGGCACCUGAUGCCCAACCAGUGAUGAUAUUGUGACUGAAGGAAGGUUCAGAUCUGCAGGGUGUGGCUGUGGUUCAGAGGCGUUGCACUGUCCUCCAGUGGUAUUUUUUAUGACAGCAGGAUCCCCAGGUAAUGAGCACAAGAAGUUUAUGUAGUCUUCAUAUUCUGUUUCAGGAAGAUGUUAGUUUUCUUUAUGUUUGAAUAGGGUUGGAUUGAAUCUGUUGCCUAAUGUUGAGAACUGAAUCGAUACAUUUGUAAGAACACGGGAAUAAAAAAACAGGUACAAAAUGUUGAAAAAUGGCAAAUAUAACUGACUGGAAUAUCAUCUGAUCAUAAAAACUUAAUCCCAUUUUUUGCUCGACAGGUAGGGUUCAUUCUAAGGUUCCUUAUUCCGGUUUUAAAGUUGAAGAAGCCCUUUUCCCUACCCCUGACCUAUGUCCUAUCUUAGGAAAGAGAUCAUAAAAAAAAGAUGCGCGAAAGGAAUUGAAAAUGAAAGAAGAAUCUUUGUUCACGAGAUAUGGAGUCGAGUGACUAUCCUGAAUCUCCUCUUCCCCUCCCCUAGUUUUUUUCGUUCUCGUCAAGAAUUGAUUUCUUUUUUUGUAUUGUGUAUUAUGAUUGAUCUGUAGUUCAAGGGCACUCUUCCUAA